AUGAUUGGUUGGAAAAAACUGAACUUGAACAAAACUAUCACAAAUUUGUGUGCUUGUUGUUGGCAAUAUAUUUCUCCAUUUCACCUGUCUGCGAUUAACUUCACUAUUGUUCCUUUUGACGUUUUGAGACAUAGGACACGCGAACGUAGGCAAAGUCAAGCCAACGUUCGCUGUAUUUUAAUAGUUAUGUCUCGGAAAAAAGCCCAAAAUGAAGAGACUGAUAAACUUACUCGUAUAGCGAUCGUUAACGCCGAUCGUUGUAAGCCUAAAAGAUGUAGACAAGAAUGCAAGAAGAGCUGUCCAGUGGUGCGCAUGGGCAAGUUAUGUAUCGAAGUUACCCCUAAUGAUAAAAUUGCCACCAUAUCUGAAGAGUUAUGCAUUGGUUGCGGUAUUUGUGUCAAGAAAUGUCCCUUUGAUGCUAUAACUAUCAUCAAUGUUCCUUCAAACUUGGAGAAACAUACCACUCACCGAUAUUCCAAGAACUCUUUCAAACUCCAUCGGCUACCAAUACCUAGACCUGGUGAAGUGCUUGGACUUGUUGGUCAGAACGGUAUUGGUAAGUCUACUGCUCUGAAGAUUCUUGCUGGCAAACAAAAGCCUAAUUUAGGUAGAUAUGCUGAUCCUCCAGACUGGCAAGAGAUUCUCUCUCAUUUCCGUGGCUCAGAGCUGCAAAACUACUUUACUAAAAUCCUGGAAGAUGAUCUAAAGGCUCUGAUUAAGCCCCAGUAUGUAGAUCAAAUCCCUAAGGCUGUGAAAGGAACUGUCGGGCAACUGCUUGAUAAAAAAGAUGAGAGGAAAAACCAACCAGAGAUAUGUGCUAUGCUUGAUCUCUCACAUAUUCGUGAUCGUGAAAUUGGGGCAUUAUCUGGAGGAGAAUUGCAGCGUUUUGCUUGUGCUAUGGUAUGCAUACAAAAUGGCGACAUUUUCAUGUUUGAUGAACCAUCUUCUUAUUUGGAUGUGAAGCAGCGUUUGAAUGCUGCCAGGACUAUACGCUCACUUAUAGACCCUGAUAAGUUCAUUAUUGUAGUAGAGCACGAUUUAUCCGUGCUAGAUUAUUUAUCUGACUUCAUUUGCUGCUUAUAUGGAGUUCCUGGUGCUUAUGGUGUUGUGACUAUGCCUUUCUCUGUUCGGGAAGGUAUAAAUAUUUUCCUUGAUGGUUUUGUGCCCACUGAGAAUAUGAGAUUCAGAACUGAAUCUUUAGUAUUCAAAGUAGCUGAAUCUGCUACUGAGGAAGAGAUAAAAAGAAUGAAUCACUAUGAGUAUCCAGAAAUGUCCAAAAAGAUGGGCGAUUUUAGUCUGCGUGUAAUGCAAGGAGAGUUCUCAGAUUCUGAAAUUUUAGUACUCCUCGGUGAAAAUGGUACUGGCAAAACAACAUUCAUAAGAAUGUUAGCUGGCAAUCUGGAACCAGAUGAAGCCGCUAUAAUGGCUAGGACUGAGUUAUUUGAUUUAUUUUUUCACCCUGUGUUUCAAAAGUGUUUAAAACAUGCUGAGGCAUCUAUGUCACCGGAAGGUGCAAGCCAGCUGCCUCAACUACAUAUUAGUUAUAAGCCACAGAAAAUAUCACCUAAAUCUCAGGGAAUGGUCCGCAACUUACUUCAUGACAAAAUAAGAGAUGCAUAUACUCAUCCGCAGUUCAUAACUGAUGUGAUGAAGCCUAUGAAAAUUGAAGAGAUCAUGGAUCAAGAAGUGCAAAACCUGUCUGGUGGUGAAUUGCAAAGAGUUGCAUUGGUGCUCUGCCUCGGUAAACCAGCUGAAGUUUAUCUUAUUGAUGAACCUUCUGCUUAUUUGGAUUCUGAACAGCGUUUAGUAGCGGCUAAAGUUAUAAAAAGGUUCAUUCUCCACGCAAAGCGUACAGGCUUCGUAGUAGAACACGAUUUCAUAAUGGCAACUUACCUAGCGGAUAGGGUCAUUGUAUUUGAAGGAACACCAUCAUCUAACGCCACGGCUCAUGCCCCACAGUCACUAUUGAACGGCAUGAAUAAAUUCCUUGAACUACUUGGUAUUACAUUCAGACGAGACCCCAACAACUUCAGGCCUAGGAUCAACAAACAUGCUUCUGUAAAGGACAUAGACCAGAAGAGGGCAGGCCAGUAUUUCUUCUUGGAGGAC